AUGGCGACAUAUACAUCCAAGAAUAUCCUCAUUACUGGUGCUGCUGGAUUUAUUGCAUCUCAUGUUGCAAAUAGGCUCAUCAGAAACUAUCCUGACUACAAGAUUGUUGUCCUAGACAAGUUUGAUUACUGUUCUAACCUUAAGAACCUCCUUCCUUCCAAUACUUCCCCUAACUUCAAGUUUGUUAAGGGGGACAUCAGUAGUGAUGAUCUUGUCAACUGCCUUCUCAUUACUGAGAACAUUGACACUAUAUUGCACUUUGCUGCUCAGACCCAUGUUGAUAAUUCUUUUGGUAACAGUUUUGAGUUCACCAAGAACAACAUAUACGGCACCCAUGUUCUACUAGAGGCCUGCAAAGUUACUGGACAAAUCAAAAGAUUUAUUCACGUAAGCACGGAUGAGGUCUAUGGAGAGACUGACGAGGAUGCAGUUGUAGGAAAUCAUGAGGCAUCGCAACUUCUGCCAACAAACCCAUAUUCAGCUACAAAACUAGGGCAGAAAUGCUUGUUAUGGCUUAUGCCUCUUCCUAUUCAUGGGGAUGGUUCUAAUGUGCGAAGUUAUCUCUAUUGUGAGGAUGUUGCUGAGGCAUUUGAAUGCGUUCUUCACAAGGGAGAAGUUGGUCAUGUUUACAACAUUGGAACGACGAAGGAGAGAAGAGUGAUUGAUGUCGCCAAAGAUAUAUGCAAUUUAUUUAACAUGGAUCCAGACAAAAGCAUUCAUUUUGUGGAUAACAGUCCAUUCAAUGAUCAGAGAUACUUCCUUGAUGAUCAGAAGCUGAAGAAUUUGGGUUGGAUUGAGAGGACUACAUAG